AUGUGCGGCAUUUCAUCACUAGUCGCCCUUCCGGGCAGCAACAACACUCUUCCUCAUGACGAGACGAGACGGCAGGUACAGGCAAGUUUGGACAACAUCUCGCAUCGCGGGCCAGAUUCCAGCGGGAUAUGGAUCAACACAGACGGAAGAAUAGCACUUGGACACAAUCGUCUCGCGAUCAACGACUUGUCUGAAUCCGGAUGCCAGCCUCUCCACAGCCCAGAUGGAAACGUUCACGCUGUGGUAAAUGGCGAGCUUUACGACUUCGAGGAUGUCAAGACGAAGCUUACCAGGAAAAUUGGCUACCAUUUUUCGGGACGUAGUGACUCCGAGAUUGUGGUCGCUCUAUACCAGGCUUAUGGCAUGGACUUCAUGCAACAUCUCCGGGGUGAGUUCGUGCUUUGCCUCUACGACGAAAAGAAGAAGCUCUUCAUUGCCGCCCGGGACCGCUAUGGCAUCAAGCCACUGUUCUGGACAAAGUCGCAAGGCAAGCUACUGGUGGCAUCAGAGAUGAAGACUUUCUUACCACUGGGUUGGCAAGCUGAAUGGGACGUCCACAGUCUUGCGGAAGCUGGAUGGAAUUUCGACGACAGAACUGUCUUCAAAGGCGUGAAGAAAGUUCGCCCUGGCCACUACAUGACCUGUACUGCGGACGGGCAAAUCAAACAGCAACAGUACUGGGACAUGGAGUAUCCAGACAAGCGAGGGCACGAUCAUCGGACAGAAGCGGAGAUGGUUCGAGGUGUCCGUGAACGACUACUGGAGGCUGUACGCAUUCGCCUUCGAGCCGACGUGCCCGUUGGUGUCUAUCUCAGUGGUGGUAUCGACUCUUCUGUCAUCGCCGGAAUGGCCGUCCAUCUGGCAAAGGAAGGUCGAGCAAUGGGUAGUAUGCCUGCCAAGGACAGAGUUAGCUGCUUCACGAUAUCCUUUGACAAGAGCAGCGGCUUUGAUGAGUCUGAAAUUGCUAACCGCACCGCCGACUUCCUGGGUGUCAAAGUCUACAAACAGGUGAUGGACGAAGAGGCUUUCGCAUCGCGUUUUGAGGUUGCUACAUGGCAUUGCGAGCACCAUAACCCAGACCUGAACUUCAUCGGCAAGUUUGCUUUGUCAGAGCUUCCCCGUGAGCAUGGCUUCAAAGUGGUGCUUACCGGCGAAGGCGCGGAUGAGAUCUUCACUGGCUACGACGUCUUCAAACCAGACUUUCUGCGCGAGCCAGAUUUCACCACUCCCAUGAGAAUGCCAGAGUCUGAGCGCUCGAGGCUGUUCGCCAAGUCAGAAGCCGAAGCUAUGCAACACUAUGCAUCAAUCGGAGCUGGAGUCACACCCAAGGCGCAACGCAAACUCAACCUCAACAUUCUAGCCUCGAUGGCAGCGUUCGUUCCCGAUGUCUUCGACGAUCGCCUGGCAGCUUCCCACCCUCGAAACCCACAAGACGUCCUCGCUAGCUCCGUCCCACUGCUUGUACUCGAGAAAGCCCAAAAGGUCCGGCAUCCAGUCAACACAGCACAAUACAUUUGGGCCAAACAUCACCUCUCCAACCAGUUCCUCAGCUGCCUCGGCGACCGCACAGAAAUGGCCCAUUCAAUCGAAGGCCGCAUGCCUUUCCUGGACCAUCAUCUCACAGAAUAUGUGAACAAUCUCCCACCCAGCGUGAAAAUGCGAUAUACUGGAGGAGAUAACUUCACUGCGAAGUGGAUCUUGCGGGAAGCGAUGAAACCGUUUCUCACGCCGGAGCUUUAUUCAUGUGUCAAGCACCCUUAUUCGGCGCCGCUGGCGUAUGAGGUGGGUGGACCGCUUUAUAAGCUGCUCAAUGAGCUUAUAAGCGAAGAGAAUGUGAAGAGUUUGGGGUUUGUGAGCUGGGACAAGGUGCGGGAUCUCACACGAGGGGCCUUUGAGGGGAAGGAGGCUUCUGCGGCUAGGCUGGCAUUUGUGGUUGCGCAGUGGGUUGUUCUGCACCGGAGGUUCGGGGUGUUGACUGCGAGUAUGACCUGA